GGCGCCGCGCGGGGCUCGUCCGUCCUCCCCGCCGUCCCUCAGCGCGCCCGAGGGAUGCGGAGGGUGCCUGCCGGACGGGCCCUGCCGCCUGCUGCCGCCUUGUAGCCGGGGGGCGCUGGGUUGCCGCGGGCCGGGUCGCCCCUCGGGCUGCGGCCUGGCAGCCGGUGUCCCGCACGCCCUGCAGGAGGGGCCGGCUGCCGUCCCGCUUCCCCGGGGCCCGGCGGGGCUGGGCGCGGCGGAGGGGCGGCAGCCGCGGUGCCUGCGGCGGCCCCGGCUCUGGCUUCGCAGGGAGCGGGGGGUCCCCGGAGCAGCGGAGCUGGGUCGGUGGGCAGCUUCCUCCUCUGUCGCUUGGCAGGAUCCAGUCCCAGCAGCGAAUGACGGGACGCGCAAACGCCUUCUUUGUCUUUCACGCAGACCUCAAAUGUUCUGUUCCGAGAGCGGCAGUCACCAGUAAAACAUGGUUAAAAAGUUUUGUUAUCUCAGGGAAGCAAUAGCCUAUUGUGGGUUUCUUGGAGAAGCAGCUUAAACCAAUUAUGACCAGAUGAUACCUGUUAAACAGUGUCUGACAGACGUCAUCGCAGUGGCAGCGCUGGACAAGGAAUAUCAAAGAGCAGAGGACUUUUGUAUUCCUGAGUCAGUAGGAAACAUGCCCAGUAUCUCAGCUGCCAAAGUGGCUGCAGCUUCUACAUAGAUCUUUCUAGAUCUUGUAACCAUGUCUGUUAGUGCAACAGAGAAUGAUCCUCCUAGAUUCUUCGUGGGUGGAGAAGAUGGAGAAGAAUUACUGGAUUCAGCCAGACCUGCAGAUUACGAACAUUUCUAUGGGGAAGAAGAAGAGGAAGAAUAUGACUCUCCUCCUGAAAGACAAAUCGCAGUUGGGAUUUGUUCAAUGGCUAAGAAAUCUAAGUCCAAACCAAUGAAAGAAAUUCUUGAACGCCUCUCCAUGUUUAAGUACAUAACUGUGAUAAUAUUUGAAGAGGAUGUUAUUUUGAAUGAGCCAGUAGAAAACUGGCCGUUAUGUGACUGUCUCAUUUCUUUUCAUUCUAAAGGUUUUCCACUGGACAAAGCAGUUGCCUAUGCAAAACUCAGGAAUCCAUUCAUAAUCAAUGACUUGAAUAUGCAGUAUCACAUACAAGACAGGAGAGAAGUAUACAGUAUUCUGAAAGCUGAAGGCAUUUUACUUCCUCGCUAUGCAGUUCUGAACCGUGAUCCAAACAAUCCCCAAGAAUGCAACUUAAUUGAAGGAGAAGAUCAUGUGGAAGUGAAUGGAGAAAUUUUCCAAAAACCUUUUGUAGAAAAGCCAGUUAGUGCUGAGGACCACAAUGUUUACAUUUAUUACCCAACAUCUGCUGGGGGUGGAAGCCAAAGACUCUUUCGAAAGAUUGGCAGCAGAAGCAGCGUUUAUUCCCCUGAAAGCAGUGUGAGAAAAACAGGCUCCUACAUUUAUGAGGAAUUCAUGCCUACAGAUGGCACUGAUGUAAAGGUGUACACAGUAGGUCCAGACUAUGCUCAUGCUGAAGCCCGCAAGUCUCCAGCUCUGGAUGGCAAGGUAGAACGAGAUAGUGAAGGAAAAGAAGUGAGGUAUCCAGUCAUCCUGAAUGCAAGAGAGAAGUUAAUUGCUUGGAAAGUAUGCCUUGCCUUUAAACAAACAGUUUGUGGCUUUGAUUUGCUGCGUGCUAAUGGACAGUCCUAUGUCUGUGAUGUGAAUGGCUUCAGUUUUGUGAAAAACUCCAUGAAAUACUAUGAUGAUUGUGCUAAGAUACUGGGAAAUAUCAUAAUGAGAGAGCUUGCCCCCCAGUUUCAGAUACCAUGGUCAAUUCCUUUGGAAGCUGAAGACAUCCCUAUUGUGCCAACCACCUCUGGAACCAUGAUGGAGCUUAGAUGUGUUAUAGCUGUAAUACGCCAUGGGGACCGAACACCAAAACAAAAAAUGAAAAUGGAAGUAAAACAUCAGAAGUUUUUUGAUCUCUUUGAAAAAUGUGAUGGGUAUAAAUCUGGAAAACUAAAACUGAAAAAACCAAAACAGUUGCAGGCAAUGCUUGAUAUAGCAAGGCAACUUCUUAUAGAACUUGGGCAAAACAAUGAUUCUGAAAUUGAAGAAAGUAAGGCAAAACUUGAACAGCUAAAGACUGUGUUAGAAAUGUAUGGGCAUUUUUCGGGCAUAAAUCGCAAAGUUCAGUUGACAUACCUUCCUCAUGGUUGCCCAAAAACUUCCAGUGAAGAGGAAGAUAAUAGAAGAAAUGAGCCAUCCCUGCUUCUGGUUCUAAAAUGGGGAGGAGAAUUGACCCCUGCAGGCAGGGUUCAAGCAGAGGAGCUUGGAAGGGCUUUCCGGUGUAUGUAUCCAGGUGGACAAGGAGAUUAUGCUGGAUUUCCUGGAUGUGGUUUACUUAGAUUACAUAGCACUUACCGACAUGAUCUCAAAAUCUAUGCUUCUGAUGAGGGACGAGUUCAGAUGACGGCAGCAGCUUUUGCAAAGGGACUCCUGGCCUUGGAGGGUGAGCUGACUCCUAUCCUUGUCCAGAUGGUAAAAAGUGCAAAUAUGAAUGGUCUAUUGGACAGUGACAGUGAUUCUUUAAGCAGCUGUCAGCAUCGUGUUAAAGCAAGACUCCAUGAGAUUCUCCAGAGAGACAGAGAAUUUACUGCUGAAGAUUACGAUAAGCUUACUCCAUCUGGAAGCAUCUCAUUGAUAAAGUCAAUGCAGGUUAUUAAAAAUCCUGUGAAGACAUGCGACAAGGUCUAUUCCUUGAUCCAGAGCUUAACUUCUCAGAUCAGGCAAAGAAUGGAAGAUCCAAAGUCUGCAGAUAUUCAGCUGUACCACAGUGAAACACUAGAACUGAUGCUGCGCAGGUGGGCCAAGCUGGAAAAAGACUUUAAAACAAAAAAUGGAAGAUAUGAUAUUAGUAAAAUUCCAGAUAUUUAUGACUGUAUAAAAUAUGAUGUGCAGCACAAUGGCUCCUUAAAAUUAGAAGACACAAUGGAGUUAUACAGGCUUUCAAAGGCUUUAGCUGACAUUGUGAUCCCUCAGGAAUAUGGUAUUUCUAAGGCUGAAAAACUAGAGAUUGCUAAAGGCUACUGCACUCCUCUUGUUAGAAAAAUCCGUUCUGAUCUUCAGAGAACUCAAGAUGAUGAUACUGUAAAUAAGCUUCACCCUCUUUAUUCCAGGGGUGUUAUGUCCCCUGAACGCCAUGUUCGUACACGGCUGUAUUUUACCAGUGAGAGUCAUGUCCACUCCCUGUUAUCCAUCCUUCGUUAUGGUGCCUUAUGUGAUGAGUCAAAAGAUGAACAGUGGAAACGAGCUAUGGAUUAUUUGAAUGUUGUCAAUGAACUCAAUUACAUGACACAGAUUGUUAUCAUGCUUUAUGAGGAUCCAAACAAGGAACUUUCUUCAGAAGAACGUUUUCAUGUAGAGCUGCACUUCAGUCCAGGAGCCAAAGGCUGUGAGGAAGAUAAAAACUUACCAGCUGGAUAUGGAUACAGACCUGCCUCCAGAGAGAAUGAAGGCUUGAAGAAAACCUCUAACAGAAAUGAUAGUGAUGAGGAGGCACAUGCUUCUAAAAGAGAUGAAACAGAUCGGGCAGUAGUGAUGUUCAAGCCAAUGGUAUCAGACCCAAUUCACAUACACAGAAAGUCACCCCUUCCAAGAUCCAGGAAGAUUGGUUCUGUUGAAGAAGAGAGCCCCCUGAGUGUGUCUAGCCCAGAGUGUAUUGGUACCUGGCUGCAUUACACCAGUGGUGUGGGUACUGGGCGUCGAAGACGCAGAUCAGGGGAACAAAUCACUUCUUCCCCUGUCUCCCCUAAAUCAUUGGCUUUCACAUCCAGUAUUUUUGGCUCAUGGCAACAGGUCCUAUCAGAAAGCAAUAGUAACUUACGAACACCGAGAACUAUUCUGGAACAAAAGCAGAGUGGUCUAGGGUCUCACUGUGCGGGCCUGUUUAGCACCUCAGUGCUCGGGGGUUCUUCAAGUGCACCUAACCUACAGGAUUAUGCUCGUACUCAUCGUAAAAAGCUGACUUCUGGCUUCACAGAUGACACCACACGCGGUUCUGCUGUUAAAAGGUUUUCUAUCUCAUUUGCUCGACACCCAACCAAUGGUUUUGAACUAUAUUCAAUGGUGCCUUCUAUUUGCCCUUUGGAAACUCUACACAACUCCUUGUCUCUGAAGCAGGUUGAUGAAUUUCUUGCCUCUGUUGCUGCUCCAUCAAGGGAAAAUCUACAGGAGACAUCUUCUCCAUCUUACAUGAUUCCACUGUCAGGAAGAAAAAUGUCUUUAAAUACAUAUACCCCUGCAAAAAUUCAACCAACACCACUUGAAACUUUCCCUGAAAGGACAGCAAUAGAGAAACAAACCUUACCUACCCCUGGAUCUUCUAUUUGUGUGUCUAACAUAAAGCUAUCUCUUGAAGAAGCCUCGCUAGAUUUAGAACUUAGUGGUGAAACUCUUUCUGAGAACAAAUGAAGCUGAUCAGACAGAACUGGAAGCAACUUCUUAAACAAUUCUUUAGUGUGCUUUCAACUAAAUUAUUGAGCUUUCAAAAGCCAUUUAUGUCUGCAGUUCAUCAUGCACUUAAGAAUACUUAGUUUAUAUAUGGUUAACUAGCGUGCACUCUAGAUAUUUAGGUCAAAUUUUCUCAUUUUCUAAAACAUUUCAUGAAGUGUAUUUAUCAGUCUGAUAAACUGCACACCUUUAAUGGAAAAGCUGCACAUGAACCUUUUCAGUGUCUUCAAGUAUGUACUGUUAACUUGUACAUAGAGAAUACCAAUUCAGUCGUAUGUGUUACAGUGGCUCUGUUGAUGUCACUGUGAUGAAGGCAUUGUCUGCUGUCAGUAUAAACUCCUAUUUUCAGGAGUUUAUAUUCUCGCUGUGAAUUUCUUUUGUGGGCUGAAAUGUAAAAAACAUGCUGGCUAAAAGCUUUUUCUUUUUAAUUUAACUACAUGUCCAAAGAGAUGUCUUUUGCCUGGUCUUGGAGAUAAGCAGAUGUUUUCUGCAUUUGAAUUAUUUUAUAUCACAUAUGCUGCAAUAAUUAGGCAUGGUGGAGUGAGUUAA